AUGAUGAUACAGUUAGGUGGAUUGGCAUGUUGCUUAAGCGGCAGCUUUCUUGAUUAUCUCAGUAAGAUACCAGCCAGUUUUGUUAAGUCAGUCACUAGGGUUCGCCACAUCAAGGAUUUGGAGCAAUUGGUACCAUUAGAGAGCAAGGUCGUCGCAGUAUCAGGAAUCGUUGGAUCCGAGACACCUCUUAAGUGUAAGCAUAGUGACAUGCUCUGUGUUUUUAUCGAGGAAACGGCACAACAACUAUUCUUGAAACGUAAUUGGAUGUUUUCAUGGGUUCCAGAUUGUAACUGGAUGGUUCCAAUCACUAAGGAAGUCCCGUGGUACCUGGACGAUGGGACAGGUCGUGUUAAUGUGGAAGCUAACAAAGUAAGAUGCUUCGAAUUGAAGGUCGGAAGUAAAGUAUUUCAAGAAUCAGAGCCGUCAUCCGAAUGCCACAGAGGCCUCGAGAUGCUUGGAGUUCUACGCACUGAGCGCGUCCUCCCAAUUGGUACAUCGGUUACUAUUAUUGGUGAGGCUGUUAAGGACAGUAUCGGGGGUUUCACGAUUCAAGAAUCCAAGGAAGUACCUUUCUUUGUCUCAUCUUUACCUUUCGAUGAGCUCAUCUCUUCAUUCGGAAAAUGGUCAAGGAAGCUCAAAUAUGCCUCCAUUGGUUUUACUGUUGUUGGUGUGGUUCUUAUUUUAAAGCCUGUGGUUGACUAUAUGCUAGAGAGAAGGAGGAGACGAUUGCUACGGAAAAGAGUUGCUGAUGCAGCUGUUAAGAGAGCCAAACUAGUAACUAGAGGAUUGGAAGCUCAAGAUGGUGAUUUACUUGAUCUCUGUGUGAUCUGCCUUGAGCACAAGAAUGAUGCUGCUUUUGUGUGGUCAUAUGUGCUGCUGCUCAAUAUGUUCCUUGCACGUAAAGACCUGUCCUCUUUGCCGUAG